AUUGGGUUCCACUGCUGGAUGUAACAAGAGAAUGCAUAAUUGCUUAAACAAGCCUCACCACCACAGACACACAAUGGAUCUGAGGAUUUUAGCUCUACUUGUUAUUUUUAGUGCAGUUGGGAUAACACCAACAGAAGCUUCGCUGGCCAGUUGCUGUAGUCAAACUGGGACAAGAAUCCACAUGAGGCUGUUGAAAAGAGUCAACAGGUUUGACAUACAGAAAAGCGAUGGAAUCUGUGACAUCAAGGCUGUUAUCCUGCACUAUCGAAGGAAGAAAUUCUGUGCAGACCCAGAAAACAACAUUCUAAAGAAAUGGAUCAGAGUCUGGAAGUCUGGAAGAGUAAACCGAAAGCACCGUCCUGGAAGGAAAAACAGAAGAAGAAAUGGAAAAAGAAGACUAGAAACCACAUUCUACUGAAAUGAGAAGCCUUAUUGAAAUGCUUACCCAACUUAACCUAAAGAAAAGUAGGAUGGGUUACAUUGGAUAUUUAAAAGUUUCAUGGUUACUAGAUCAAUGUGCAGUGUCUUUACAGCUUCACAGGGUUUGGGCAUUUGUAAUACAGGGUUCACAAAGCUUUAAAUAGUGUUGUUUAAAUAAGCCUGCUUUGAUAAAUUUAAUUAACUUUACUGUGCACAAAACUGUUCUAGACUGGUCAAACAGUUUAGAAAAAUGUCUUACCCAUAAAAUAGACUUUAAAUAACUAGGAUAUAUUCACAAAACCAUGAAGGCUGUUUCUUAACCAUUUUCAUCAUACAAUCAAGAUUGAAGUUCGCAUUUCCAUCUGUUUAUAGUUUAUUUUCAUUUUCUUUUAAACUGUGUAACUUGUGAAUAGGGCCUACUGGACUACUGAAUGUACUGUAAUAUUCUUAAUGAGGAAGUGUUUUAAACGUGAAACUAACUUGUAGUUCUGAUUCUGGAUGCUUAUGUGAUUUGCCCAUUGUUUCAAUCAGAUCUGCAAACUAAACAUGCAAGCUUGACUCACUCCCUCAUAAAGCAAUACAUGUACAAUGAAAUUAAACACGCAAAAAAAGUAAAAUAAAAUGUAUUAAUGAAUUUAAAAAGGCCCAGUAUAUGGUUACAAAAUCGCAAAGGUGGCGGAAACCUGGAGAACAAAUACAUUUAACUGUAUUAUUUUAUUGUUUUUUGUGGUCAUAAUGUUUAAUGAAAAUAUGUUUUUUUUUUAAUUGUUUUUAAUAAUAUCUCAUUACUUUGGCAACUGGAUAUCCUUGUUAGCUCUUCAGUAGAAUGUGUUUUUAUUGGGUGUAAGUUUAUAAUGCCAAAUGAGCAUGUGGAAUAUGAAGAGAAAACUAGCAGUACAAUUAGCAUGUGAGCUGCACUCUUUAAAUGAUGUAUCCUUUAGUAAAUGUACAAUAGGCAUUUCACUUUUGAAUAUAUUCUGUAGUUCUACUGAAUUGAUGUACAAAAAUAUGUGUUCAUAAAAAACAAUGUAAUAAAAAUAUUGUAUUGUAAAAAAAAAAAAAAAAAAAAACUCAAUACUGUUGAGGUAAAUUAUAACAUACUUAGUACUCAAAAAUGUAAAGGAGCCAACCUUAAGUAUGGCAACAAAAUAACACCAUGAACAUACUUUUUAAAAAAUGGUUAAGUCAUUCACCAGGUUCUUGUGGAAAUUGUGCCAGUUGUUAAGAUGUAUUGUGCACUGGAUGCCCCUCUUAAAAACAUGUAUUUUUGACCGAAGUCCAGAAUGCCAGAGCUGUUCCAGUAUUGGAAUUGGGAAACACCAAGAUGUGUAGUCAGGGAAUUCAGUGUGACCCUUUCUGUUGUUUCCAGAUUGUAGCUACCUUAUUAAACCACAGGUUUGAACACUAGACACCCUGGGUGGGUUGGUGAAGGUCAACCACACCAGAAAAUGGCCGAUACCUAUGCAAUACGGCAACUGGAGUCACCAUAAGAAACCCAACUGGGAGAAACAAAUUGCAUGAGUCUGGUCUGAGAGCAAGAAGACCAGCUACAGCUCCUCAACUGACCCCACAAUACCAAAGAGACCCCUGAUCUGACUUGAUCACCAGAUCAGUGGAUCAGAUAAAUGUCCACUGAUGUUUGAGUAUGGAAAGCCCGAAGAGAAUGAUUUGCUCAAAUCAAUAUCAUUAAAUAUGACCGUUUUAGAAAGUCUUAUGACGAAGGGAGGCAUCUGCAAUGGAGGUCAAACGGAUCUUAUUGUGCCUCCUAAGGGGCAGAUUUACAGCUCUAUGGUACAUACUGUAAACACAGACUAGGACACUAUUGUAAGACCAUUUGAAAUUGGCCCUGAGUUCUUUUGUUCUAUUGGAUUGUAUAGAGUUGGUUGAAUACUUUUUAAGACACAGAGUGGCGUAAAAAACAGCUGUUUAUCAACAAUGGGGAAACUAAUACUAUUUUUUAAUAAUUUUUUUAAAUUUAGGAAAUAAGAUUUUCAUUUUCCUCCUCUCGCUUUUGUUGUAAUGGUACGGUCGGGAGUUCAAUGAUACCGUUCCAUUCCACAAACAAAUCUAUGUUGCUGUUGGUAUUAAAACUGUUAACUUUUCUGUGCUUUUAAAUAAUAAAAUGUGAAAAAGAAAGUGA